AAGAUAACAGCAGACCUGCAAUUUCUGCAAUUUUUUAAAGUAACUUAGAAACCCAAAAUUUCUGAACACUCAAAAAUAUAAAAAGAAUCAUUACCAAUUGGUAUACAAUACAAAAUGUAUGCCAGUGACAGAUGUUACGGAACAGAAGUGCUCAAGAAAAUUUAACUCCCGAAAUUUUACUCAAAUUCUCGUAUGUACAUACUCCUUGUCUAGUGUUAUAACUUCGAAACAAACAAGUUUUGAUAAUUUAUUUGCAAAAAGUACUUAAUGAAGAAGUAUUUAUUUAUAAGCUCUUCCUUUAAAAAUCACGUAAGGAUACGUAUCUACAUAUGAAAACAACUAAAAAAAAAAAAAAACAAAUAAGCAACAUCUACGAUUACGAAAGGGCUCGAUAUUUCUUUGUAUCUUCUUACAGAGGGCCUUAUUUUUUCAGAAAAACUGAUUCGUACCUGAAUUAACUCUAUAUGCACUACUGUACUGAUCAAAUACACCAUUGCAUACAUGAGAAGGGAGGGUAUCUUUUUCUUCUGAACUCUUGUACACCAAAUGACAUAUUAUGUACGCUCUUACACGUGAAGACCAAAAAGGAGAAAGGUAAAAGCUAUAACCAACCAAGUCGUCGCACAAUCAAUUGGCAAUGCUUUUGGCUUAGUCCAUCUUCAUCUAUCCGAAGAAGUUAUCAUCAUCAUGAAGCUAGUUUUAUUUCCAUUUGAAACGUCGACGCGUGAAUAAGAGUUACGCGUUUUAUCCGUAAGAACAUAUAGAAAAAGCAAAAAAAUAUGUUUAAAUCAUUUAUCGUUGUUGCCGGUUGUUAUUUAUGGGUUAUUUGGCAUUCGGUUGAAUCCUACGAAUAUGGCUACCAUCCAAGUUCCGAGGAAUUCGAUGGUUUAUUGCGUGAAAAAACAUGGACUCGGGAUAUAAUAUUGCACGAUCGUAGCACGAAAAAAUUCACACCAAAGUUUAACUUAGACAAACCGAAGGAAAAUUCAUUUGGGUCCACGACGUCGGUGAUGGACAGUCCGUUCUCGGUUGGUUCAAUGAGUGUUUCGAAUAGCCAUCUAGGAUAUAUACAACAAGCUGGCGUUAUAAGCCAUUCUAGUGAAAGUGUUGUUGCGGAAGUGAACGAAAACCAGAAUAACAAUUCUACCUUACCGAUAUUCUUCACAAAUCCUGUGACUGGAAUUGUUUAUGCCAUUACCGAGGUAGGGGUGAACACAAAUAAAACAGAACUAGCCAACAGUGGGACGAUUCCUAUUUUCGUAAGUAAGGAACAAUACGAAAGAGAUUUAUAUCUGCUGAAAAAAAGCUAUGAAUCCAAAUGCUCCGGGAAGAGACCAUCACAAGUAAUUAAAAUAACCAAUGGAAAUAGACUUAAGAAACCAAGUUCAAAUGUAGUAAAAACACGCCUUUUUGUUAACAAAAAUGGCACCCGGGUAGCCAAGGAAAAAAAACGAAAACGUUAUAGAAAAUCAAAGAAAGCUAAAGAGGUGAAAAAUCUCCCAGAAAAUCCUGGGUCAUCGGACAAGAACAUUAAUCUCGACACACAGCUGGAAAAGCCAAAUGGUUUGAAUGUGUUGCCUUCGGUUUUUAGCAGGCCCACAAAUAAUUAUAAACUUAACGAAUCUAAGCUUAAUAGUGCAUUUAAUGAAAGUAAAUCUCCCACAGGAAGUUUAUAUCAGCACAAAGUAAUCAAAAGAUCUCUAAACAAUACAGAUAAACCUACCACAAUCUCCUAUCAUGAAGCUAAUAAAAUUUCUACCAGAUCAAUUAACUCUUCGGAUUCAACAGAGAAACCCAAGAAGAUUCUAUCUACUCAAAUUCAAGUAACUAGUGAAUAUCUUGAGCCAGCGCCAUUGCCAGCAAAGAUUAGGACACCAAAAAACUCGCUCGAAGAAACCAGUCAAACUGAAACGUCUGCACUUCCGCCACCCUCAUCGUCACCUCCAAAACGUCUGAUUCCUCCGUGUAAGGAGUCUAAGUCCAAAGUCAAAAAGAAACCCCCUGCCUCCGAUGAAUACGAAGAUGAUGAAGACGAUGAUUACGGCUUUGGGGGAAUUUCUUAUAACGAUGAUGAUGGUAGUGAUGAAAACGAUGAUGAAUCCUCGAACCAAGAUCAAGGCAGUGAAUCUAGUUUUGAAAAUAAUGUAUCCGAUUAUGGUUCACAUGAAGAGGGAACAUCGACGAAGACAUCCAAACACCAACAAGACGUUCAUUAUCGCUUCAAAAAAACCACAAGGAAACGAAUUAAGCGCCGAAGACCUUAUGGCAGUGGGGAAUACGAUGACGACUACGCCACCGAUGAUAACGAUAAUGAUUAUGAUAAUGAAAGUGACGAUAGCAUGUUUGGAAUGAUUCGCGGUUUAUUUACACCAGUUCAAUGGGUAAUGGAUGUAAUAUUCGAUAGGGCUGAACAAAUAUUUCAGAAGCCCCCAUUGCCAGAAAUUAUGGAUAACCGCAAGCCGAAGUUUCCACAAUAUACAGUAUAUAAUGCAGCUUCGAAUAUUGAUGCAGCAGUUGAAGGGGAGACUUAUGAUGGUGAUGAAGCAAAUUCAAUUGGAUCGUGGUUUGGUUCAUGGUUUGGAUUUAGAAGACGCCGACGAGGAACUAAUACAACGCCAACACCUACUACAAUAUUGCAAGAAGAACCUAGCUGGUUUGAAUCUUGGUUUGGUAAUGGCUAUAAUAAACCCCAAGACAGCGAAGACGAAAGUGAACCAUGGUUUUUUGGAUGGUUUAAUGGAAAGCCAAGACCUAAGAGAACAACAACCACAACAACCACCACCACUUCUGUACCAAUACUUACAAUAUCAGAGCCGUUAAAGAAUCCCCAUAAAUGGAUAGGGCUCCUCGCACAGCACAUUAUCAACUCCACUUCAACUAGAAGUCCUAUAACUGAAACAACCACCGAAAAUCCAGACAUCCCAAGAAAAAUAUCCUAUAAUAAAUACCAAAUUUGGCGUUUGAAGCCAAAAACCGAUUCUCAGGUCAAAGUACUUGAGGAAAUAAAAAAUGAUGAAGAAGGUGCUCGAUUGCAAUGGCUUAAAGGGCCUUCCUUAAGAGGUCUAACUGAUGUUGUGAUACCUCCAAAAAUGCUAAUAGACUUCCAAGGAACAUUGGACUUUGAAAACAUCGGUCAUGAAAUUCUUAUUUUCGAUGUUGGAAAAGUUAUUUCAUACGAGCAGGCUAAACAAGAUGAUAUGUUUUCUAAAAAGCCUAAUUCAGGCAAGGCUAUAAUGUCAUGGAAUCGAUACUACGAUUAUGACAGUAUUAUCAAGUACUUGGAAUUGUUGCAAAUACGUAAUUCACAAUAUGUGGAAUUAAUUCAUAUUGGACGAUCGUUUGAAGGACGACCUCUAAUCAUAGCAAAAGUUGAAAUGAAAAAAUCUAACGACAAACCACCAAAGAAAAAGAAGCUUCAGAGUAAGAAACCAGAGCAAGUGAAUAGUGUGUUUAUAGAAGCAGGUGUACAUGGCAGAGAAUGGAUUGCGCCGGCUUCGGCAACAUGGAUGAUCAAUGAAUUGUUAAAAAUUAUGAAGAACAAUAAAACCAAUUUGGGAACUGAGUACAUCAAGAAUACAACUUGGUAUAUUAUGCCUAUUGCUAAUCCCGAUGGAUAUGAAUAUAGUCAUCAGUAUAAUCGGCUAUGGAAAAAAUCACGAGCCCGGUACAUUUCAAAACCAAAUGGCAUCAUUGACUCCGCUAUGACUUGGUUGCAAAAGAAAAAAUCAGAAAAGGUGUGCUUUGGUGUAGACUUAAACCAUAAUUGGCAUUUUAAUUGGGGAAGAAAAGGCAGUUCGAAAGCACCAUGCAAUGAGUUCUUUGCUGGUCCAACAUCAUUUUCAGAGCCAGAAACUCGAGCUAUUUCAAAAUUUCUAAUGGACUAUCGAAAACAGAUAAAGCUUUUUGUAUCACUGCAAGCAUACGGUCAAAUUAUUUCGUAUCCAAAUAAAUUCAAUUCAUCAUAUCAAGCUGAAAAACUAGAUGACCUCCUAGAUGUAGCAAUGGUUGCAAGUGAUAGUCUCAGGAAAAAAGGCAGCAAUUCUAGGUACAAAGUUGAUGCUAGUAACGAUUUAAUAGAAAAUAAAUCUGGUUCUUCGGAUUAUUUUGCAUCAUUUGAAGUUGGGAUACCGUUUAGCUAUACCAUUCAUCUAUCUGAUAGCGGAAUUCAUGGAUUUUUAUUACCGAGUACAUUUAUAGAGCCUACUGCCAGAGAUGCGUUUGAUAUGAUAACGGCCAUGAUUGAUUACAUUUGACAAUAAUUACUAAAAUGGGGUUUUGAGCAAUAAAUACAUACAUAAAAUUAACAAGA